UGACUGGAGUCCAGAAGAUGAGUGAUUUGGAGGAACAGGACAGACCAGAUUCUCCAGGAUCCGGACUGAGUGACCGGUCUAAAGAUCCUCCAUGUUUCAGUAAUGAACCUGGACCCUCAGUCACAAAGGUUACUGGACGAGAGUGCACGGCUGCACCUGACGGACACAAAGCCACAGGUCCGUCCAUGUCAGAGACAGACCUCGAUGUGUCAGAGGACAGAAGAGAGGAUCAGCUGAGUCCUGAUGGUCCAGGUCCGUCCACGUCAGAGACAGACCUCCAUGUGUCAGAGGACAGAAGAGAGGAUCAGCUGAGUCCUGAUGGUCCAGAGAAGUUGAACCAGCAGAUUGUGUUUGGAGAUCCCAACACAAAUGACACCGUGCAUUUCACACCUGAGCUGCUGAAUAAGUGUGGACAGACUUCAUACAGGUUCAGGUGUCCUGGUCCAGGUGUGUUCCAGUGUGCUUUGACUGGACUGGUGUUCGUUAUGACUGAGGGGGCGGAGCUGCUGUACAACACUGUCCAAUGGGAUGAGAGCCUCCUCCAAUCAGCUGGCAGGAUGGCUGCAGGGCCGCUGUACGACAUCAAGUGUUCAGAGGAGGCUGCUGUCUGUCAGCUCCACCUUCCACACUGUGAAAUCAUAGAUGCUCCUCUGCCUGAUGGCCUGUUGUCUGUCGUCCACCUCACUGAUGAUGGGAUGAGCAUCCUGGAGCUGCUGCAGAUUACUGACACUCAUGUGGUUGUAAAUGUCCCUCACCUCUCUGUCUUCGGCCUGAUCUGGGAUGUUCUUACAAGGUUGUGGACGAUACCUGUCAGCGGCCAAGUUCUGCUGUUCCUCCGACAACCAAACCCAGCAACACAGAGGCAAAAACUCAACAUGCUUCUCCUGCCGAGAAACAUCCCUCUGGACACGGUGAAAGCACAACAUCAACAAUCUAGGAACAUCCAGGUUCCUGCCACAUGUAGACUCAUCAAAGGUCAAAGUUACACCGUCCAAUGUCCUCAGGCCGUGAAAAUACAGCCAAGGAAAGCAGAUUUUGAGCUGGAGUUUGGACCAAACUACCACCCAACGUUUGAGCUCCGCCUGCCUAUAAACACACCAGAGGUGACUUUAAGAGUCCAAGAUGAAGAACAGAGCAUCUGGGAGCAUGACGUGGACCUGAUUGGUCCAGCAGAGGUAAAUCCACAGAGGGAUGUCUCAGAGGACAGCGUCCCAGCAGAGGACAGUGACCCCCCAGAAGACAAGCUGUUGCUGGUUCGGUCACAGAUUGUAAAGCGAGUGUCUGAUCCAGUUCUGAACCAGCUUCUGGAUAAUCUCCUUGAGCAUGGUGUUAUAACUGAUGAGGAAAUGCAGUCAGUCAGAACACAAGGCAGAGCAGACAAAGCCAGAGAUGUGAUCGACACGGUGAGAAGAAAAGGACGAGCAGCCAGCUCAGUUCUGAUCUCUGCUCUCUGUGAGCUGGAUCCAGUCCUUUCCAGAGAGCUGAGAUUAAUCUGAAGAAAUCAGAAUCAGAAUGGAGUUUAUUGCCACAGCAGGGCUCCACCAUUACCUUACAUCUCUGGCAGAGCAGGGGGAAUGAGAGGGGGAAACACCAGAG